AUGAGUCAAUUAAUUUCUGAAACUAAUAUUAAUAUUACACUGUGUCCUGCACUACAAUUAUCUGAUAACAGCUAUUUUCUGUCGGGUUAUUGUGAGACGACUAUCGGGUCUCUGUGUGGUAUUGGAUGUUUGGCUGGUUAUCGUUUAGUUCAUGGAGACAGUUUACGCGAAUGUUUAGACAGUGGAACGUGGUCUGGAAUUAAUCCAAAAUGUAAAGCGGUUCAUUGUUUUCCAUUGAAAAAAAAUCCAUUAGUAAUUCUGAACUGUCAACCAAAGAACAGCACAAAAUUUGGUACAAAAUGUAUUGCCUCAUGUCCAACAAAGUUUCGAAUAGCAGGUCCACGCAGUAGAGAAUGUUUGAUCAAUGGUAUAUGGACUGGUUAUGAUCAAUAUUGCAUUGUGGAUAAUCAAACUAAAACCGUAGAAACCACCACUACAAAGAUAACAACAGAAAUAGUCGUCACAACAAUGCCAAAUUAUCGGGAUUAUUCCAGCUAUAUUCUGAACGUAAACAAUAAUACUGGCAUCGUUCUACACUUUAACUACACACAAUUUACAAUUAAAUUUUGGAUCUAUUUUGAAAAUACUAAUAACGAUUUAAUGCAGUUCAAAUCUAUUAAUGAAAUCAAUGUAUUUAGUAUUGGAUUACAGAAAGGCAGAUUAUUAUAUUCUCAUUAUGACUCGACAACUCUAACAGAUAUUUCUGUUGUAAGUGGAAGAUGGAUACAUUUUACGUGGACACAUUCAAAUGAAAAUAUAUCACAAAUUUAUAUUGAUGGUGCAAAACAACAUGAAUUCAAAGUGAGCUUCGAAUUCGAAAGCAAAUUAGAAAUAUGGGAAAAAGUUAUAUCCGAUCAAAUAUUAAUAGCUAGUUUUCGUGAUUGCCGAAAACAAAGUGGUGAUGUUUUCUCAUGGUCACAGAUAAAAAAUGGCAUUCUUGACACAACUCAACUGUCAAGUUCAUUUUUUUGUACAGGUUGUUCAGAACCAGCUUCGAUAUUAGGUGGAAAAUAUGUUGUGUCUGAUUACAAUAUUGGCUCUUCUGUUGAAUAUGAAUGCAACUUUGGCUAUGAAAUGACUGGAUCGACUCGUGGCUUUUGUAUGUUAUCAGGAGAAUGGUAUCCGGUUGCACCUACUUGUAAACAUAAUCCAUGUAAUUCAGAAUGUGAAAUAUGCAACUUUAAACGUGGCACAUGUUCAAAAAUGCGUGCACGAAUAAAUACACAGUUUUGCGAUCCAUCUUGUACUGAAAAUGAAAUAUGUGUUGAUGGGUUUUGUCAGUGGCGAGAUACUUCACCAAAUCAAUGUCGUGAUGAUGAUCCAUAUUGUAAUCCAAAUAUUUGUAAUCCACCAUGUUUAUAUGGUAGUAAAUGUAUUGAUGGACGUUGUGAAUCAAUAGCAUUGCCCUAUUGCCCUGUUGCUUGCCGACAAGGUCAAGUAUGUGUUGAUGGACGGUGCGGAUGUUACAAAGGGAUCUGUGAUAGGCGACCAUGUUAUGAACUAUGUGAACAAGGUGAAAUGUGCCAUAAUUGGAGUUGUAGUUGUGGUAAAAAUGGAAAAUGUCCAGAUGGUGAAUUGUGUGACAGUGAUAAAUGCUUAUGUGGUUUAAAUCCAUCUUGUAAACCAUUUGAAUAUUGCAUUAAUGGGCAAUGUUUAUGUAAAACAAUGCCAUGUGAUGAAUGUAAUGGUCUAUGCAAAUCCAAUGAAAUUUGUCUGCAAGGAAAAUGUGUAUGCAAUAAACAAUGUAAAAAAGCAUUUUGUCCUUUGCCGUGUAUGAACGGUGGAAAAUGUACGGGAUAUUACGAAUGCACAUGUCCAACAAAUUGGGAGGGUUAUCGUUGUAGCCGACGAAAACAAAUUUCAACAUCAUAUCUUUGA